AUUGCUAAGCGCUCAACAGAAGGCAGAAGCUGUACAAUUUUGAUAUGUUAUUUAAAUUGUAUGCGUUCUUUUAAAAUUUCAUUUUCAACAGUUUGCUCGAAUAUACACUGAAUAAACUUCGCUCCCCGUUUUUUCCGGUGACGGCAGCCGUUUACUGGAGCUUCAUGGAAAACCCGGAGAGGCGGAGUGCGGGCGGCCCGGCGCCGACCGCAGAGCUGCGCGUGCUCCGUGCCUCCGCGCUACGCGAAGGUUGCCGGGAUCCGCGGCAGCAGCGGCUGCUUGAGAUCUGUCUCUGGGGCCUGCUGGCGGCGGCCUGGGGCGGCGCGGCGGCUGGUGGGCAGGUACACCGAUACUGAAGUACUAUGAGCCUUCAGAACUUUUGGAGAGACUACAAAGUUUUGAUUGUUAUGGUCCCUUUAAUUGGGCUCAUACAUUUGGGGUGGUACAGAAUCAAAAGCAGCCCUGUUUUCCAAAUACCUAAAAACAACGACAUUCCUGAGGAAGAUAGUCUGGGACUUUCAAAUCUUCAGAAGAGCCAAAUCCAAGGGAAGUAGCAGGCUUGUGAUCUUUAGAUAAAGAAGCAGCUUUGAAUCUGAGCUUCAUGUCAAAAGAAGAGAUGAAAAAUACCAGUUGGAUUAGAAAGAACUGGCUUCUUGUAGCUGGGAUAUCUUUCAUAGGUGUCCAUGUUGGAACAUACUUUUUACAGAGGUCUGCAAAGCAGUCUGUGAAAUCUCAGUCUCAAAGCAAACAAAAGAAUAUUGAAGAGUGAAGUAAAAUAAAUAUUUGGAAUUACUAAUUUGUCAUGAAACCAUUAUAUGAUGAUUAGCUUCAUAAACAUUGAACUGUUUGAUUUUAUAGCCACAAUGCUGCAUAUUCAUACUUUAAUUCCUAAAGAAUAAUUUUUAAUGUUAAAACGUGAUAAUACAAUAAAUAGAAAAAUGUGGUUUACAAAAUAAAAAUGGUCUUCACUAGUUACCACCUGAAGUAAGAUGUCUCGUUUGGAAGCUAAGAAGCCAUCAUUGUGUAAGAGUGAACCACUGACAACUGAGAGAGUCAGGACCACACUUUCUGUCUUGAAAAGAAUCGUAACAUCAUGCUAUGGCCCUUCAGGUAGGCUGAAGCAGCUGCACAAUGGCUUUGGAGGUUACGUGUGCACAACCUCACAGUCCUCAGCCCUGCUCAGUCACCUUUUGGUCACACAUCCCAUUUUAAAGAUCCUGACAACGUCCGUGCAGAAUCAUGUGUCAAGCUUCAGUGAUUGUGGCUUAUUCACAGCCAUUCUUUGCUGCAACCUGAUUGAAAAUGUUCAGGGAUUAGGCUUGACACCCACCACUGUCAUUAGAUUAAAUAAACAUCUUUUGAGUCUUUGCAUCAGUUAUCUCAAGUCCGAGACCUGUGGUUGUCGAAUCCCAGUCGACUUUAGUAGUACUCAGAUCCUCCUUUGUUUGGUUCGCAGUAUAUUAACAAGUAAACCUGCCUGUAUGCUCACCAGAAAGGAAACAGAGCAUGUCAGUGCUUUGAUUCUGAGAGCCUUUUUGCUAACAAUUCCAGAAAAUGCUGAAGGCCACAUCAUUUUAGGAAAGAGUUUAAUUGUACCUUUAAAAGAUCAAAGAGUUAUAGAUUCCACUGUAUUACCUGGGAUACUCAUUGAAAUGUCAGAAGUUCAAUUAAUGAGGCUAUUACCUAUCAAAAAAUCAACUGCCCUCAAGGUGGCACUCUUUUGUACAACUUUAUCCGGAGACAUUUCUGACACUGGAGAAGGAACUGUGGUGGUCAGUUACGGGGUUUCUCUUGAAAAUGCAGUCCUGGACCAGCUGCUUAACCUAGGAAGGCAGCUAGUCAGUGACCACGUAGAUCUUGUCCUGUGCCAAAAAGUUAUACAUCCAUCUUUGAAGCAGUUUCUCAAUAUGCAUCGUGUUAUUGCCAUAGACAGAAUUGGAGUGACUCUGAUGGAACCCCUGACUAAAAUGACAGGAACACAGCCUAUUGGAUCCCUAGGCUCAAUAUCUCCUAAUAGUUAUGGAAGUGUGAAAGAUGUGUGCACUGCAAAAUUUGGCUCCAAACAUUUUUUUCAUCUUAUCCCUAAUGAAGCAACAAUCUGCAGCUUGCUUCUCUGCAACAGAAAUGACACUGCCUGGGAUGAGCUGAAGCUCACGUGUCAGACGGCACUGCAUGUCCUGCAGUUAACACUCAAGGAACCGUGGGCUUUGUUGGGAGGUGGCUGUACUGAAACUCAUCUGGCUGCGUAUAUCAGACACAAGACUCACAAAGACCCCGAAAGCAUUCUCAAAGAUGAUGAAUGUACUCAAACAGAACUUCAACUAAUUGCUGAAGCAUUUUGCAGUGCCCUAGAAUCUGUUGUUGGCUCUUUAGAACAUGAUGGAGGUGAAAUUCUCACUGACAUGAAGUAUGGACACCUUUGGUCAGUUCAGGCAGAUUCUCCCUGUGUUGCUAACUGGCAAGAUUUGCUUUCACAGUGUGGCUGUGGAUUAUACAAUAGCCAGGAAGAACUCAGCUGGUCUUUCUUAAGAAGCACACAUCAUCCUUUUGUGCCACAAACCUGCCUUCCACAUGAAGCUGUGGGCUCAGCCAGCAACCUGACCUUGGAUUGUUUGACUGCAAAGCUUAGUGGCCUACAGGUGGCUGUAGAGACAGCCAAUUUGAUUUUGGAUCUUUCAUAUGUUAUUGAAGAUAAAAACUAAGAGAAUAGCAUGUUUGUAUUAUGAAAGAAACAAAUAAACUAGUCUGGUGGCAAUUAAGAAAAA